AUGUCGGUGCCGAACUCGCCUUACUUGUCGGACAGCGGCUUUUCCGAGGCUCUCACCGACGACCCUCGAAAAUGCCAGAUCGUGGGCUGCUACAAGAGACAUGCCUACGCCCGCGCGCCGAAAGGGCUCAAAGUGUACUCAGAUUUUUGCACGAAACAUACCUGCGGCCGCGUCUAUCCCGAACAAUCACAAUACUACUGCAUUUUUCCUCGCGUUGCCAACAGUGCUUACUGCUCCCAUCACCGGACAUGCGGCCAAGAGGGCUGCGAAGAACAGGGAGAGCCGUUGACCCUUGACCUAAGCGAUUUCAAGCCUUUCUACUGCCGGAAACACCGUUGCGCCGUCCUCGGCUGCCAGGAGCCCCCAAAAGCAGGCGAUCGCGAGCGCCGGUGCGAGUUACACGCCGUCCGCUGCCGCGUCCAGGGCUGCUCCCGCUCCGCAUACACACACGACGACGGCCGCGUCGACCACUACUGCCUGCUCCAUUACGGGACCCAGCGCUGCCUCUACCGCGACUGCACGCGCCAAACGCUCGGCUCUUCCUUCAGCUUCUGCCACGUUCACAACCCCCCCAACGGUUCCAACGACCAAGACAAAGACAGCAACCCCUGCUCCCUCAGAGGCUGCAACAAAUCCGCCGAGCCCAACGCACACGCCUGCUCCAUCCACCUCUGCAGCGUACGCGGCUGCCCGAAGCCGACCGUCAUCUACGCCCCAUCGUCCAGCGACCCACCGAACACGAUAGCCACCCCUUACCCGCCGCUCUGCUCCAGCCAUAUCUGCCUCGACUGCGACAAGCCACGCAACAGCGCCACUAUCAACGCCGAGUACUGCUCCGCACACGAAUGUGGCCUCGUGGCCUGCCGGUCACGGGCGCUCGACAAAGGCGGGCACUGCUCAAGACACGCCUGCUCGGUGAUGGGGUGCCUGCGGGCCAAGCAGGGUGCGCUGUCGAGCAGCUUCCUGACGGUGGACCGGGAGCGUGAGCGGUGCGAGGUGCACGCCAGAGUGGGCAGCGGGGUUGAGGGGAUAGGAAGUGGGAGGAUACGGGCGUCGUCAUUUGGGGCGGUGAAUGCCGGGACGGGAGGGUUUGUGAGGAGAUAUGGUGGGUCGGGAGCGGAUGAUGAGGCGUUGAGGGUGCGGAUGCAGAGGAAUCGGUUCAGUGAUGAUUUGGAACGGUUGUACAGGUCGGAGAGGUAA